AUGUGUUUUGAUGGAGAUGUUCAGAGUAAGAACGAGCCAACUCCUGCAACGAUCAGUUUCGGCGAUCUGCGUUCAGCACCAGACUGCCAUCCGGAAUGUGUCGGAUGUAGUGAAUCACGUUCAGCGGUCAGCUGCUUUGCAUGCAAGCAUCUUACUCAGUCGUUGAGAAAUCGAGCUGGUUUCAAAUGUGUAUCGCACUGUGAUGAAGGUUACUUCGUUGAAGGAGAUAAAUGUGGGGCGUGUAGUCCAAAUUGUAGAAGUUGCACGAAGGCGGAACAAUGUGAAACGUGUCCUGGUGCUAAAUUAUUGGUCGAUGUUGAUCAUUAUGCACAUCUUGAUCACAGGCAAUGCGUUGACACUUGUCCUCCUGGUCUUGAAGCCGAUUAUACAAGCGCAAUUCAAGCACGUUGUAUACUUAAAAAGAAUAUCUGUUCGCCUGGUUAUUAUGAGUCACAAAAUUCGGUUUGUACGAACUGUGAUGAUGCUUGUACAACGUGUCAUGGUCCAGGACCACUGCAGUGUGACUCGUGCGCCCCAAAUUACAGCAAUUUCUCAGUGGGAUAUUGCAGACCAUGUUGUACGGACAAGCAGAGUCCAAUGGAACAUCAUUGUGAGGACUGCACAUUGAGUGCAAGUCAACGAGCUCAGAUGAGGCAUCGCUCUGGUGGAUUAGGAUCAUUUUACAUUUUCGUGGUUGUGUUAUUGGUACUCUGUUGUGCGUUUGGCGUUAUUCUCAAGACAUAUGCAAACGGAAUGUGGAAUUCAUCAUCCAGAAGUAACAUCGAUUAUACUCCAUUACCGGCGCAAAGUUCAUUGACGCUCAAUGAAUCCAGUUCAGAAGAAGAAUCUGAAUUCGAACCAGAUGACGUGAUUGCAACCAAAUGA